CUCACAGCCAGAACCUCAACCUGAGCUACAAAUCUUCUCAAAACUCGUUAGAAUACGAGCAGCUUCUCCAUCAAUUAGAGUGGGACAAGAUGCUGAGAUGCGUAGCUUCAGUCACCCUGGACCCCGACACGGCGAACGGAAACCUGGACAUGUCGCUGGAUCACCUGGAGGUGAAAGACGGUGGCGGGUGGCGCAACGUCACGGAGAACCCGAAACGCUUCGAGCGGUACCCGUUCGUCGUGGCCAGCGAAGGCUUCCAGUCGGGAAAGCAUUACUGGGAGGUGGAGGUGGGAGAGUCCAACAACUGGGACCUGGGCGUGGCCCGGGGCUCAGUGAGACGGAGCGGGCGCAUCGACCUGGACGAAGAGAACGGAUACUGGGUCGUCGGGCGCUACUGGGACAAGUAUGAGGUGAAAAAUGCGGAGAAGACGGAGCUGAUCCUCAGCGAGAAGCCCAUAAAGAUCGGGAUUUUCCUCAACUGGGAGGAAGGGUUGGUUUCGUUCCACAACGCAGACACGAAAAGCCAGCUCCACGUCUUCAGGACGCACUUUGAGGAGGAGAUCUUUCCCUUCUUCUGCCCUUGGCGGUCUCAAGAGCCAUUGAGAAUCACUCCUGUUACGCUGGAGAGCUGACCAUGAACUCUCCUUGAAGCGCAGGGGCAGAGGUGGGCAGCCUAGAGGCCUACUGUCCAUCACUUCCAUGUCCGUUAGAAACACAUACCCAACAAUUCUCAUCCCACUUUUCAGCUCUUGGCCAUGUAUGACUUAGCAGCGCAAGUGCAGGAGGUCAGAUGUCAACAUCUGUUCCCCUUUUUGUUUGUGAUGUUCCCCCUCUGAACAGCCUGAUGUUUCCUGAUUGUCUUCUGUCUGAUAUCCAGGAGCGAUUAACCAUGGCGACUGUUUUAUUUCACCUGUUUGUACCAGAGGCAAACUGAACAAAACAUUCAUUCCCUCAGUUUUAUAUCAGCUCAUCCUUCAGGAAAUGUGAAAUUAAAUCUGUUCGUUUCAUUUUUGUUUUGCUGUUUCUCUUCAGUUGUAACAGCAAAUGCUGAUUGGAACAACUGGACUCAGCACAUGGUGUUGCCCUGAAAGUGUGUAGCCAUGAAUUUACGGGUUUAAGUAUAACACAAGGAAACUUCUUCACUCUCCUACCCCGCUGUCUGUCCUGACUCCCACGCCUCUGCUCUCCUGACUCAUGUUUGGAAGAUUGUGUUGAGAAGGUGGGACAAGUAACUUAUGUUUCCAAUUUCGACUUACUCACAGGAUACUGGGAGGUGCCUUCAUUCAAGAUAGAUGGAAAUUUCAGCUUUUGUAACCCCGAAUGGACUGUACCAGUUUAAAGUCAUGCCAUUCAGUAAGAAGAAUACACUAACCAUAUCUUAAGGACUAACCAAUAAGGUCAUUUCCAGAUUACCCAAGUGUACAUCGACCUGAUGGGUUUUAGUCACACAUGGUGGGAACAUUUGCAGCAUCUAGCAGAAUUGUUUAAUUGUCUUUGGGAGGUGGGCUCGGUGAUAAAGCUGACUAACAGUGAGUUUGCAAAAGCCCAAGUCACAUUUCCUCACCCUACCCUUGGACAAGGACAGAAGGCCCCUUGGAAUGUGAAAAUAAAGGCCAUUGGGAGAGUUUCCCGUACCAUCGACGAAGAGGGCAUUGUUACAAUUGCUGGGGUUAGUGAAAAUUUUAAUACAAAUCUGUCCUGAAUUUUAGCAGUGUUGUUGCUCCACUGACUGACCUAUUGAAGAAGUGCAGAAAAUCUCAGGGGAUGGGAGAAUGUCAGAAAAGCCUGAAAGCAGAGUUGACCUUCUCCCUGAUCUCAGCCACUCCCAAUUACACAAAAGCCAUUCAAGCAGCUAUUAAUGUGAGUGAUUUGGCUGUUGGUGCUGUACUUUUUUCCAGAAGAUGACAAGUGUCCUGAAUAUUCAUCAAAAGAAAUAUUCCACCGUUCAGAAAGAGACCUUGAGUUUGGUGCUGGCAUUGCUUAUAAUAUAAAUGUUGUAAUGUACCGGAGACAAUUGUGUCUACUGAACAUAAACCCUUAAUAUUUUUGGAAAACAUUGAAGGUACCAGCCUGACAAAAAGAAGUUUAUUAUUACAGCCGUUUACCUCAAAAAUUAUGCACAUGACAGGAUGAGAGAACGUAAUUGGCCAUGUGUUGUCAUAACUUUGAAGAAAGGUUGAGGUGUUCAGUGACAGAGGAAACUGGGCCAUUUUAUUGAACAUUUUACAUACUUAAAGUUAAUGCAAUGUAUAUGUAUACUGAUGACAUGAGACUGACAUCUUUGAAAAUGAAGUCAACUUUGCAUAUCGUGGUUCAUUUUUUUUGAGGGGGGAGGGUGUGACGAUACUGUGCCUUUAGGCGAUAUGUCCUGUGCUGUAUCCCUUACAGAGGGGUGGUGUCACAAUGUUGCUGAAAUGCAUCAUUUAGAUGUGGAGUUGGUGAACAGCUUUGAGUUCGACCCUGUAUUUUUAUAUCGAGUAAGGCCAAAGAUUCAUGAGUGAGUGGACUCACUCUCACACAGACAUAGCCAGCUUUAGUUUGGCUUUCAGUUAGCUCAGUAGGUUUUUGCUCAGGCUGAAAGCUUGAGUUCUCUGCUGCUAGGUUUCCUGCACUGGGGUAGAAGCCAAAUUCCUCAAAUGGAUCACAGCACAUUAACAAUGCUAGAUAAUAAAGUGUGAAGCUGGAUGAACACAGCAGGCCAAGCAGCAUCUCAGGAGCACAAAAGCUGACGUUUCGGGCCUAAACCCUUCAUCAGAGAGGGGUAUGGGGUGAGGGUUCUGGAAUAAAUAGGGAGACAGGGAGGCAGACCGAAGAUGGAGAGAAAAAAAGAUAGGUGGAGAGGAGAGUGUAGGUGAGGAGAUAGGGAGGGGAUAGGUCAGCCCAGGGAAGACGGACAGGUCAAGGAGGCGGGAUGAGGUGGUAGGUAGGAAUUGGAGGUGCGGCUUGAGGUGGGAGGCAGGGAUGGGCGAGAAGAAGAAC